GAUCAAAAGUAUCUUCAAAGUAUCGUCGUCUGAUACAUCCAAUAAAGUACCGCCAGCACCUCCGAAGAUAAUUGAACUUCAUGAACGCAACUUCGUCUUUUUGGGGGCCAACCAGCGCGUUCGAAAAAAGCGCCCUACAGGGCUUCGUUUCUCUGUCGGCCAGGUAGUACGCCAUCUUCGUCUUGGCUUCAAAGCCGUUGUGAUUGGUUGGGAUGAAUCGGCUUGUGCUCCAGCCACGUGGAUGGCUCUUCACUAUCCUAAGCUUGAAAGGGAAUUAGAGGUCAGAGGGCAACCGAAUUACCGUCUCCUGGCCGACAUGAGGGACACGUUGAACUACCUUGGACCUCUUUAUGUACCUCAGGAUGAGCUGGUGGUGCUCUCAAAGGAGGACUUUAAAGCCGCCGGCAUCAGUGCCUUCUCCAAUGAGCCCAUUGUAAAGCACCCUGCUAUCACUGAGUUUUUUGACUUCUACGAUGGCAAAAGCUUCACACCUCGGCCCUGGCUGCGGCGCAUCUAUCCCCAAGGAUGA